AUGGCUACUAGUACCACACCCUCAUCCCUCAUGCUAACGUACGCCUCCUCCUCUGUGCACCCACAAGACUUCACUCCCUCGCUCGUCUCCUUCAAGCCCAAGCCGCUCUUUAAAACUUUUUGUCUCUGCCCACUGGUUUUGAGGCCUAGAGAGAGAAGACCAAGCAAGUGGGUCAAUUUGAGUUUGUUAAAGGAAGCCAAGUCUGAGACUUACCCUGUCGCAGCGACUGCUUUGACUGCUGAGGCAGAGGUGGCUGAGGAUGUGGCUGACGAUGAAGAAGUAAAAGGCGAUAGUUCUGUUACCGUUGCUGUUCCAAGCCCAAGAAAGGGAAGGCUGCAUUGCUUUUAA